CUCGCCACCGCCGCUUCGUUGGUACAUCUCUCUCUUCCCCACGCCAUCCCCGACAAGCGGCAAAUAACCUCUCCGGCGGCGAGACAGAUGGAGUCGACCUCCGGCGAGGAUGCUCCGAAGCGCAACCCGCUCCCGUCCGCGCUCGUCUCCAACCUACAGUCCGUGCUCGCCGCCCGCCGCCCGUCCGCGGCAGAGGUCAGCACCGCCGCCACAGCUAGCGAGGCUGAGGCUGAGGCUCAGGAAGCGGAGGCGUCCGAUGCCCCCGCGGGAGAUGGGACGCCGGCGAGGCCCAUCGUGCUGCUGACCUGUGCCGGGGGGAUCCGGUCGGCGGGUCUCGCGGCGCUCGUCGACGCCCUCGUUGCCGCCGGCCGCUGCGACGUCCACGUGUGUGCCCCCGAAUCGGACAAGCAAGCCUGUGGCCAUUCAAUUACCAUCCGUGAAACCAUCGCUGCGUCAUCCGUGGAUUUCACAGGCGCUAAAGCUUUUGAGACAUCAGGCACGCCGGUUGACUGUGUCUCGUUGGCCUUAUCUGGGAGGCUGUUUCCUUGGUCGUCUCCUGCUUUGGUGAUCAGUGGUAUCAACACGGGAUCAAAUUGUGGAUAUGAGAUGUUCCACUCUUCUGCCAUUGCUGCUGCGAGGGAGGCCUUAGUGUAUGGGGUGCCUUCAAUUGCAAUCUCAUUGAAUUGGAAGAAGGACGAAACCAAAGACAGUGACUUCAAGGAUGCAGCUCAGGCCUGUUUACCAUUGAUAAAUGCUGCUUUGGAUGACAUUGAGAAAGGAACUUUCCUCAGAGGUUGCCUAUUGAAUAUUGGAGUUCCAAGUGCACCAUCUGCAAAUAAGGGUUUCAAGUUGACCAAACAGAGUGGAUACAGUCCUGCUCAAAGUUGGGAAGCUGUGUCAACAAGCAGGCCCUUAUCUGCUACUCACUUCAUGGGCAUGCAUCAAAGCCUCGGUAUUCAGUUGGCACAGCUUGGGAAGGAUGCAUCUGCAGCAGGAGCUGCACGUAGAGUUAGUGCCCAACGAAAGGCAGUCGAGGUUGAGUCUGUUGCAGCUGCUGGUAAACAAGAGAUUCGAGAAGUAGUGAAGAAGUUAUUCCGUGCUGAGUUUGUCGAGAAGCGAUAUGAAGGUUUAGAUGAGGAUAUCGAUUUGAGAGCUUUGGAGAAUGGAUUUAUAUCUGUCACCCCUCUGAAUGUUCAUGGACAAGUGGAGCUUGAAAUCGGAGCCACAGCUUCUGAUUGGCUCUCAGCAGCUGUAUCACUAGACAAAGAAAAGGUAGCUGCUUCAGCUACAGCUGACCAACAAGAUGUUGCAGCUGAGGAAAAGGAAGCUCCCUCAGCAGCCUAACAAACACGCAGACAUGUCCACACUCCGUAGGUGUCUUUAGUUCCUGUGGUGAUGUCGAUCUUUUAUUACCUCUUGUCAGUUUGGUUUGUCUAGUGUUUUGCCCUCAAUAUUUGUUUGUUGCAAUGUCUAUUUUUUUUGUUCACCUUCUCUGCCGAUUACCGGCUUCCUUGGCCCUACAAAUGAUUUGGUGCAGGCAGCCCUGCAUUUUGGAUGUAACGAUGUAGGCUACGGCAACUACCAGAUGAAUACUGCCCAGCCCCCACUAUUUUUUUCAGUGUGGUUUGUUAUAGGAAGGUGUUGUAUUCAGCAUGGGGUAUGUGAUUGAUUUUGUCUUGCUCCCGUCUGAACCAUGGCAACCAAAUGUGGCCGUAUGGAUCCCUUCACUUUACA